CCUGCAUGCAUUCAUCUUCUCGGUCAUCUGUCCGUCCGUCCGUCCGUCAACACAUGGAAGUAUACGGCAAUUCACAGUAGUCCAUUCGCCAUACAAACUACACUACACCAGUCAGUCCAUUCGCCGCUGCCCUCUGUCUGUGGUAUUUGAGUGCAAUCAGCGGAUCCCACCACAUCGCCGUGGCCGUCAGGGCCGCAUCUACACACACACACAGAACCACACACGCCCCACAAAGCGACACACAAGAUGUCCAGCCACCCAUACGCACAUACCCACGUUCACUUGGUCGCCCACCUGCGCCAGCCUCCAAGAAGUCGCGAAAAUGCUCCGGCUGUGUGAUGCCGCCCACACCCAUGACGGCCAUGCCAUCCAUCCCGCCAUCCUCACGGCGGAUCCGCGCCGCCUCUCUGAUGAAAGCAACCGCCCACGGCCGGAUGAGCUCCCCGCACACGCCGGCGGUGGGCCGGUCUGCACCAAGGGCGGGCACACACGCGCCACUCUGUGUCUUGUGGACAGUCAUGGGCACGCUGUUCAGGCCGCAGAAGGCACGGACGCCUGCUCGUGAGGCCGACUGCAUCACCUGAGGCACACAGACGGAGAGAGGUAUUGUGUGCGGUUGGUUCACGGCUCUGUGUCUGUGAGAGAGCUACCUGUUUCUGUAGGUCUUGUUGAUGAGGAAAGUCGCCCACUUUGACGAUGACGGGUGUGGCUGUGGGCUGCAGCUCGGCCACCACACGCUUGGACAGAUCAUACACACUCUGAAGCGACAAAGCGACAAACAUGACGGUUCGUGGCGCCGCAGGAGAGCAUUGCGUGGUGACGUGCGUGUGUGCCAUGCCUGUGGGUCUUGGUAGAGCGAGCCACUCUUCUUGUCGACAUUGGGGCAUGACAAAUUCAGCUGCACACGAGGGAACAACACACAAACGUGCAUGUAUGUGUAUCCCCCGUCAGUCACGACAGUCGCUGACCUCCACAGCCAUCGCCCCGUGCUGCUGUGCGAACGAGGCGGCCUCCGCAUAGUCAUCACCCAACGACACGCCAUCACUGCGCUGCGUGCCCACCUGACAACAAACACCUCCACGGAUGCCUCAAUCGCGAUUGGUCUGCCAGGCUUACCACCGACACGAUGAGCAUCUGCCCCUCCCCUAUGCCCUCCUUCGCUUUGCGCAGGUCGGUAGCCAGGUACUCCCGGCUCAUCGACGGCAUGCCGUAUGAGUUGGUGAUGGUCAGCGCAGACACCGACGGCAGCCGCUGCUGCUGCUGGUCCUCACACACCCACACCUCGUGGCCUCCACCAGGCUGAUCAACAGAAUACCACGGCGUGUGUGUGUGUGUGUGUGUGUGUGUGCGUGUUUGUACCUUCUCCUUGAGAGUUGAUGUGUCGACGAACAGCGAAUUGGGCACCGGGUGUGAGGGGUGCUCUCUCGACCGUAUCGUCUUGUACGUCACAAUGUCGAACCCCAGCUGAGCAGCGAGAGUCGUCCACUUGGACCCAAGCAAAGGACCUGAUCAACAACCAGUCAGCCGAACGGCAUGAGUGGACAUCAGCACACACACAUAGCUAAGGACACACCUGCAGGCACGCCGACGGUGGAGUUCAGCUCAUGGCCGAGGAAGGAAACGCGCUCAGAGAGAGGGACGGCCGGGCGGGGAGGGAGGGACUCGAGGACUGAUGGAGGACUGCAUCCAGCACACGCACCACACCAUGGAGGGGUUGGAUGAGUGAAGGGACUCAUUGCAUUGACUGCACAAGCAGAUCUCUCACCAGAAUGGGCCUUUUUGAAGAUUCUCAAUAUAGGAGAGGUUCGGGUCAUACAAGGGCGGGUGGACGCCAAUCCAUUCAGCCAUUUCAGACGCCAU